GCUGUGAGCCGUGAGAGCAGAGGCAGCACCGGCGAGGCAAGUGGUUCUGCCUCACUUCAUAGAUGACGAGACAGAGGCCCUGAGAAGAACCCCAGCUUGCCAAGGCCUGUCAGACAAUCAGGGCGAGGCCUGGCCACUCAGGCCCAGAGUUAGGCUUCUGGGUCUCCGAGGCACUGGGGUCCCUGCCUGAGUGGCUCCACACGUCCAUGUGUCCCUGACUGUGCCAGGAAUAAUGGGGGGGGGGGGUGGACAAUGGCAAGAGCUCAGGGAGAGACUCCUCCCCUGCAGUGCCCGUCUGCAGACAGAAAGUGAACAGAGAGCUCUUCUUUGUGUGGACCUGAUUGGCCCAGCUCUGGGUUCACCCAGGGGGCAAAGUCCUGGUCGUUGUUGAGACAAGUUCAGGGGUGAGGGCUGGGCAAACAGGGCCAGAAGCCACUUCUAGCCCAAAUGCUUCCUGCGUCUGCGGUGGGUAUAAAACUGCACCUGCCAUAGUCUUCAGGUUGAUGUCAGGGUUAAGCCCGUCGGUGAAGUUCAAGUGCAGAGCAGAGUCUGGUGUGACUGAGACUAAGGCUGGGCAUUCUGGGAGGUGGGGGUGGAAGUCACAGGCGGAAGGGCCCAGGGUAUGGUCUCUAAUGGCUGGAGGAACUGGGGACACGCAGGGGCGUUCACGGUGCCUUCAACAGACCUCAGGAAGCAGGCCCGCUGGGAGCCAUGACUGUCACUAAGACAGCCAAAAUCUAAUCAGUGUCCCGGGGCCAGGGCCAUAAUCAUGGUAAUGCCCCAAUUACCAGCUCUCCAAGGUCAGUUUCCCCGGUGGCCAAGUUCAGGGCCUGCAUAAAGGAAUCUAAGGAGAUUCUGAGCCAGAAUUGGUCAGUGUUUAUCCGGCUGUGAGAGGUGGAUAAUGGAUUCCUGCUUGGGGGUCUGUGUCCACGUCUUCAUCAGGGACGGCUGCAUUCAGCAAAUACCCUUGGAUCCCCCCUUCCCCCCGUCGGGUGUGCUGAGCAUGUCCUAGGUUCUAGGGCCGCAGCAACGAACAGGGUGGACACAGCCUCCGGCCUUGUGGGCACUGGCGUCCCGGGGGGGGGCUUUGGACAUGCACAGGACACGUGUGUAUGUGAUAGGCCACGAGGGCUGAGUGCUGAGCAGAGAAAUGGGCUUGCCAGUGACAGGGGGUGGGUGGUCAGCUGCUACUCCAGACCGCGUGUCUGGAUUCGCAGGUCCCUCGGGCUCCGCCUCCUCCUUGGGGCCUCUGGGGACCUUCUGAGGAUGGGCAUGGCUUCCAGGCUUCUCUGUGGGGCUCGCCACCUCUGCAGGCUUCCCAUUGGCAGCCUGGACUCAAUGUAGGUAUAGCCAACCUGAGUGUCCCCAAGACAGUAUCCCCUCCAGCCAGGUCCCAUGGUCUCCAGCCCCCUCCUGGCCUUCUCAGACAAGGCUCUGUCUCUCUCUGCACCACCCCCUGGGCUUCAGACACAGCUGAUGACUCUCAGGCCUGUCUCCAGCCUGAGCCUUCCUUCUGAGCUCCAGGCCAGUAGAACAUACUGCCCCCUGGAUGCCCUCCGGUGCCCACCACCUGCUCGGACUUGCCACGUCCACAGUGUGGCUGGGCAUGUGAUCUUCCAGGCGCCACCCAUUGCCACCUACUGCCCAGCCUCAGGCCACUUCCGCCUCCCAGUCCCCUCCCCCGAUCACCACCACCCAUGAGCAAGUUAACCUCUACUUCCCACGCAGGGCUGAGUCUGCCCCUCUCCUCCAGCAGCCCCUGCCCCAUGGGGCUCGAACCCCCAGCCCUUCUCCACACACAAGCUAGAGUGGACUUUCCAGCGGAUGCACAGCUCCUCUCCUGCUUAACGGCCUGCCCUGGGGAUGGAUGGAGUCUGAAUCACAUGCUAUGCCUACUUGACAGUAUUGUCCUCUGGCCCUGUGACCUCUCCUUUCUCUUUGUCGAUGUAGCCAAGGGCCUGUGCUCCCCUUCCUCCCUGACUAUGCCCUCAUUCCUCAUGCAUCCCUUCCCCUGACCUUUCCCUACAAACAUUGUAGUCCCCUCCUCACAGGGAGGACUUAAAGCAUCUCGAACAGUGCCUGGCACUAAGGGGGCACUGUGUAAGUGUAGAAAUAAAAAUAGAAUAGAAGACGCACGGUCGUUUAUUGAGGGGGGUGGGUGGGGAGCUCUGGAUGAGAUGUUGCCUGUCCUCAUGAGCCUACAGCAGGCUAUUCUGUUCCCUCUCCACGCACCCACCCCUGCCCUCCCUGGGGAGUUCUCAAUCAUCCCUCUAGGGACACCUGACCCUCGAGGACCCAUGUGGAUCUUCCCCGAACAGCCCUUACCUUUCCUGAUGCUGCUUCCCACACCCCCGGCUCUGCUGCCCCCCAGCAGGCCUCUUUCUCACACGCCCCCCCACUCCCACUCCAUGGCACCCUGAUCCAGGGCAGCCCCAGCCUUCUGUUAGCUCAGGAACAAACGACGGUCACACUCAACCCUGAUCCAUUCUCUUCCCAAAGUCCAUUCUGUUGGCGAAUCCUGAUGACUCUGCCUUCAGCUGAUCUAGAAGUCGGCCCGUUCCUGCUAAUCCUUCCCCGAACCUGCUGCCUGGACCAGUGCAGUAGGCUCCUCACCAGUGCUUGCUUCUGCCCUUGACCCCAUAGGUCUUUCAGACACACAACCAGAGGGAUGGGUUGAAAAGUCUCAUAGGGUCCUAUCUCUGCUCAGAAACCUCCAGUAACUUCUCUUUCCAAGUAUUUGUCAAAGGGAAGGAGGAAGAAACGAAUGGGUGAAUGAGUGAAUGAAUGAAUGGCUUUCCGCUUCGGUGGUUACUGGCACAUAGUAGGCGCUCAGAAAAUAUAGCAGGAACACCCGUGGGUGCGUGCGAGUGGGCGAGGAGCUGGCGCGCACAGUAGGUCCACAGGGAGCCUGCUGGACCCUGUUGGGUUCUCACCUGCAGUGGGAGUAGGACCAGCCUACCACCACCUGUCCUGUCCACCCGCUGGGCUGGGAGCCAAGGAGGCAGAGGCCAGGCCUUUUUGGGACCCUGGCCGGGCCUGCAUCACCAGCUGGGUGGGGCCACUGACGCAGCUGCCGGUUCUGGGAACCCCAGCAGGGCAGCAGUUCUGGGAAGGCUGCUGCUCUGGGGAGGAGUGUGUCUCUGGCCCCCUGCCAGGGCAGCCCAGCUGUCCCAGAGGACAGAGGAAGCUCCUGGCCGACUACAGUCUGGAGCUCCAGGGCUCACCAUUGAGGCCACCCGGAGCCCCCACUGUCACUGGCUUCCUCUUCAUGUUCGCUUGUCAUGGGACUGGCUGCAUCCUGUCUGCCCAUCCAGCCUGCCUUCAAGCCGGUUUGCGGUCAAGAGAGGGAAGAGGAGUGGAGAGCAGGAGGCCCUGCACCCCAUCGGGCUCAGGAAGAGCCGCCAGGUCACUUCCCAACUGCUGCUGGCCUCUGACAUUUCAAGACUUGCCACUCACGUCCUCCCAAAUAAAGACAGGUAUCUUAGGAUCUCCCAAUGGGGCAGCUUUGCCCUGGGCUCACAUUCCCUGUGAGCUGCCUGAUCCUGGUGUGGGUAGCAGGCUCUGGGAGUGUUAAGGUCCUGCAGGAGCCCAGCUGCUUCUCCGACUACGUCAGCAUCUCUGUCUGUCAGUGGGAGAUGGACGGUCCCACCAACUGCAGUGCCGAGCUCCGCCUGUCCUAUCAGUUGGACUUUAUAGGGUCUGAGAACCGCACGUGUGUCCCCGAGAACCGAGAAGGUGCGGUGUGCGUGUGCUGCAUGUCCAUAGAUGACGUGGUCCAGGCCGACGUCUAUCAGCUGGACCUGUGGGCUGGGAAGCAGCAGCUGUGGGGCGGCUCCUUCCAGCCCAGCAAACAUGUGAAGCCCAGGGCCCCCGGGAACCUCACGGUUGACCCCAGCGUCUCCCACAUGUGGCUGCUGAUGUGGACAAACCCAUACCCUACCGACAAUCACCUGUACUCCGAGCUCACCUACAUGGUCCACAUUUCCAAUGAAAACGACCCCACGGACUUCAAAGUCUAUAAUGUGACCUACAUGGACCCUACCCUCCGUGUGGCAGCCAGCACCCUGAAGUCUGGCGCUUCCUACAGCGCGCGAGUGAGGGCCUGGGCCCAGAACUACAACAGCACGUGGAGCGAGUGGAGCCCCAGCACCAUGUGGGUUAACCACUAUGAGCCCUGGGAGCAGCACCUGCCGCUUGGUGUCAGCAUCUCCUGCCUGGUCAUCCUGGCCAUCUGUCUGUCCUGCUACAUCAGCAUCAUCAAGAUUAAGAAAGGAUGGUGGGACCAGAUUCCCAACCCAGCCCACAGCCCCCUAGUGGCCAUAGUCAUCCAGGACUCACAGGUGUCACUGUGGGGGAAGCGGUCCCGAGGCCAGAAACCAGCCAAGUGCCCACACUGGAAGUCCUGUCUUACCAAGCUCCUUCCCUGUUUGCUGGAGCACGGCAUGGACAGGGAUGAGGAGUGCUCCAAGACUGCCAGAAAUGCACCUUUCCAGGCUCCUGGAAAAUCAGCAUGGUGCCCCGUGGAGGUCAGCAAGACGAUCCUCUGGCCAGAGAGCAUCAGCGUGGUGCAGUGUGUGGAGCUCUUUGAGGCCCCAAUGGAGAAUGAGGACGACGAGGAGGUGGAGGAAGAUAAAAGAAGCUUCUGCCCAUCGCUCCAGGACAGCGGGGGUGGCUUCCAGGAGGGCAGGGAGGACAUCGCGGCCCGGCUGACAGAAAGCCUCUUCCUGGACCUUCUUGGGGGGGAGACUGGGGGCUUUUGCCCGCAGGGUUUGGAGGAGUCCUGCCUUCCUCCUCCUUCAGGAACUGAGUGCACUCAGAGGCCCUGGGCUGAGUUCCCGGGGACAGGGCCCCAGGAGGCAUCACCCCAGGGCUGGGAGCAGCCUCUGCACCCCGAGUCUGCUCCUUGGGCCCCUCUGACCCAGAGGCCAGCCAGCCCGGCUUUCCCAGAGAUGCCCCCCGUCGUCACAGACAACCCCGCGUACCGCAGCUUCGGCAGCCUCCUGAGCCAGUCCGCAGCUCCCGGGGAGGGGGACUCUGACUCAGAGCAGACUAAACGCCCCGGGGAGGUGGACCCCAGCGUCCCCUCCACCCCCCAGCCCGAGCCAGAGAGCUGGGAGCAGAUUCUGCGCCAGAGUGUCCUCCAGCACCGGGCGGCCCCGGCCCCCGGCCCUGGCAGUGGCUACCGGGACUUCGCAUGCGCUGUGAGGCAGGCCGGUGUCCCCGAUGCCGACGGGGUGGCGGGCUUCAGCCCUUCUGGGGACGCGGGCUACAAGGCCUUCUCCAGCCUGCUCCCGGGGACAUCUGGGGGUAAGGCCAGCCCUGGAGACGGGAGCUACAAACCCUUUCAGAGCCUCCCUCCGGGCGGCUCGGGGGCCCCCUUCCCCAUCCCCCUGUUCACCUUUGGACUGGAUGUGGAGCCACCACGCGGCCCUGGGGACCCACCUCUCACAGACAGUGCCCCGGAGCAUCCGCGUGCAGAGCCAGCAGGGAAGGCAGGGGACAGGUGCAAGACCCUGCUGGCCCCAGAGCCAGCCACAGACGCCCUCAGGGACGACCUGGCCGGCAGCAUCGUCUACUCGGCCCUUACCUGCCACCUGUGUGGCCACCUGAAACAGUGGCAUGGCCAGGAGGAGCGUGGCAAGGCCCACGUGGUGCCCAGCCCCUGCUGUGGCUGCUGCUGUGGUGACAGGUCCUCGCCGCUGGGGAGCCCCCUUAGGGCCCCAGACACCUUGCCAGCGGGAGCUUCCCCGGAGGCCAGCCUCUCUCCAGCCUCCCUGGCACCCCUGGGCGUCUCAGGGGAGGACAAGUCCUCCCCGUCCUUCCAGCUGGCCCCAGGCAAUGCGCAGAGCUCAGGCCAGGCCCCCGGAAAGGUGACCGUGCUGUCCACAGAGCCCACGUGCACGAGCGCUUCUUAGGGGUGUCCUCUCAUCGCUGCCGUCUACAGGGUAGGACCGUGCCUGCCACAGGUGGAAGCCAGCCCUGGAAGGUGGCUGGGCUGGCAGAUUGAUGAGAGACUUGGAAGAACCCGGUAUGAAGUGGUGAGGUGGUCUGAUGCAGGGAAACAAAGACCAGACUGCGCCCCCCAGAUCUCCCAGCCUUGGCCUGGGCUCAGCACAUCCCAUGGGAGUGGACGGCGUGCGGGGGGCAGAGGCAGCUUCAGAGAUCGGGAAUUCCUUGGGAACCUCGGCUUGUGCAACAGCCGUUGGCCUCCUCGUGGGUCCCCAGCUUGUCCAGGAUGCUGUCCCUGCCGUGCCCCCCGCUCACUGCGAGGCCUUCUUUGUGUACCUCCUCACCCGGGAACUCCUGUCUCGUCCAGUUCUGGGAUUAGCUGCUGCUGUCCCGUGUGUUGGACGCCGAGCCCAGAAACUAAUCUAGCCAGCCGGUGCGGGGGAAGGAUUUGGAGGCCUUGGGAAAUGGAUGGGUGUUGAAGUCCAGGAAGGGUCCUCAUUUACUCAGAGGUGCCCAUUCACCGAACAGACCUCCUUUGGGUUGACACUGGAGGCGGGAUCUGGGUUGGGGGGGGAUGGGGCCCUUCAUUAGGAGUGGGCGACAGACACAAAAGGACACAGAAGAUUGUGGUGACCAAGCCACCAAUUUGCCUCCAGGUUCCCACAUGACUGUUAAGACUGGGGGGUGCUCCGGUGAAGCAUAGGAUCCCCAGAAUAAACACAGCCAGCCACCUUGGGGCCGCUCUGUGCCUGCAGCCGCGGGAGGCCAAACGGAGGGAGUGGCCCCCCUCCAGUGACCCAGCCACACUGGGCGUUCCAGACGUUCCACACCAGGCACACUUAGCCUGCACAUUGACCUGCUCCCCGGGUUGAGUAAUGCUUGUUUGCAUCUCAAAGAUUAUUUUAUCACCUGGUAUGUCUCAGCGGGGGAGGGUGGAACAGGAGGACUUGGGGUUUUGUAUAAAUAAAGGCUCUUUAUCUCCUUCCCCGCCCUCCUCCCCCAUUUAUUAAACAAACAUACUGCUAGACCUGG